AUGGGCGUAUAUCUACUUGCGAGCAUUGCGCUCGCCAGCACGGUCGUUGCGCAGCAGCCAGCAUGGGCCCAAUGCGGAGGAGAGUCUUAUACCGGUGAUACGACCUGUGUGUCUGGGUACACAUGCAUCGCCUUGAAUCAAUAUUACAGUCAAUGUCAGGUUGCAGCGGCAACUUCAACUUCAACUCUAGUCACGGUGACGACUACGAGUGCAGCGUCUGCCACAACCACAACGGCGGCAGCUACAGGUGCCACGGACAUUCAGUUCCUCGGAAGGGUGAACCCAGCCACGAGGGAACUCAGCUGGCCUGGCAGUGGGCUCGGAUUCACUUUCGAAGGAACUUCUGCUUCCAUCGCCCUAACCAGCGUGACUGGAACGAACAGUGUUGACUUGUACAUUGAUGGCGGAGACCCUGUGGUCAUCUCCAACGUUAAUGGGAGCUCAAUCUCAACACCAAGUGGAUUGUCCUCGGGCAGUCAUACGGUCGAGUUGCGCAAGCGUUCCGAGGCUUCAUUUGGAUCCAUAUUUAUUGGAGAGGUGACUACAGACGGCACCCUGGGCACGUACGAUGUGCCUGACCGCCGGAUUGAGAUCAUUGGCGACUCCAUCAGUGUCGGCUACGGCCUCGAUGGCGUGAACCCGUGCACCAACACUGCCGCGGUCGAGGACAACCCACUGACGUACGGAGCCGUGGCGGCAAACACACUCGGGGCAGAGUACAGCGUCGUGGCGUGGAGCGGCAAGGGCAUCAUUCGCAAUUAUUUCGGAGACGAGACGGAGCUGAUGCCGGAGCUGUACACGCGAUACGGAGCACUGGACGCUGAUAACAGCUACACUUUUCCGGCCGCGACAGCCCCUGAUGCCGUCGUCAUCAACCUCGGUACCAACGACUUUGGCUAUCUUGGGAACCGCGAUCCUAUUGACGUUUCGGCAUACACGGCCGCCAUGGUGGACUUUGUUCAGUCGAUCCAGGCGCACUAUCCCGAUGCACAAUUCUUCCUCCUGAGCUCACCCAUGCUUAGCGAUACGUACCCGACUGCCGAGGACGCCCAGAAGACCACUCAGACCAACGCUCUGAAAGAUGCCGUCAGUCAACUUGGUUCCGCAGCCCACUUUGUGGACUGGCCUACCCAGGGAUCGGAUGUUGGCUGUGACUACCACCCAAACGCUGCCACACACGCGGCGGAGGGAGCUGUUCUGGCUUCCGCUAUCAGCGAGGUUCUAGGGUGGUGA